UAAAAUUGCUGAUUGGUGAAAGUGCCAUGACAAAAGGCGCUCGAAGACAAAGCUCAAACAUCUUCAGUCUACCGAUGAAUUAUGUUGCGCAGUAAGCCGACUAAAACAGUGAAGAAAUAAAACUUUUUUGUUUGCUUGAUUAACAUUAAGCAACCACUUACAAAUAUUUGGAAUGCUGUCUACUGGAGCGUAACUGCUGUUUCAAGGUUCAAACACACGCAAGACGGGUGACCCAGUGUUCUGCAGAACUUUAAUUUCGAACCAUAAUCGAUUAAUUCCUUGGCAAUGGCGGGAAUCACGGAUGAUAACCAUCAAGUGCCAAUCGGAUUCCUUGGCGAUGAGGAACAAAAAGAAGUCGAGGAAAUAUUUCGAAAAGGAGGAACAGCCGGUUUCGCUAAACUUCUGCAUGAACGCAAUGAGCGAUGGAAAACUGUUCCUCUAAAUAUUGCCAUCAUCGGUCAGAGCGGCGCUGGAAAAUCAAGCUACAUUAAUUGUAGCCGUAAUGUAACCGCAGAGGAUGAAGGAAGCGCAGCUGUUGGGAUCACGGAGACCACAGCCACUAUACGAUCAUACCCUCAUCCCGACAACAAACUGUUGUUGUACUGGGAUUUGCCGGGAGUGGGCACACCAAGCUUCCCACGAGACUCAUAUCUUGAAAAAAUUAAUUUCAUCCGCUAUGAUUUCUACUUCAUACUAUCCUGCUCUCGCUUUUCAGAGAGUGACCUCUGGUUAAGCGAGCAAGCUAAGAAACGAGGCAAGAAGUUCUUUUUUGUUCGCACAAAAAGCGGCAUUGAUGUACAAAACCAGCGCAAUUCUUAUCCUCGAAUAUCAAAGGAGAAGUCGGAUGACGAAAUUCUGGAGCAUGUCAGAAGCGACAUAAUUGCAAAGCUCGGAUUGCAGGAAAGGGAAACGGGGAAUGUCUUUCUUAUUGACAGUCAUGUACCCGGCAAGUAUGAUAUGGCCAAACUGCAGCAAAGGCUCGUGGGUGCACUGCCCGAGCUAAAACGAGAGACAUUCCUAUACUCCUUGAACCCCAUGGGUAUGUUAAGCAAGAAGGUCAUCCAAGAAAAGGCGGAAUACCUGAAAAGCCGAGUGUGGAUGGUUUCUUUGGCUUCGGGUAUUUUUGGAUUGCACCCUCUGCCCGGACUGUCUUCCCUGAUGGACCUACAACUAAUUCGCACGCAGUUCAUAUUCUACCUGCACCAGAUGGGACUGGAUCUGGAGUCGCUGACAAAGACAGCUGAUGUCCAUGAAAUUGACGUUCAGUUAUUGCAAAAAGAAGUAGUGGUGCAUCUUGAACUGCCUGACUGGUCAGCACUAGACAAAGACAACCUUUCCGGUUCCUUGAUGAAGGACUUGGUAUAUCAAGAAAAAGAAAGACCUUUUGCGAUUGCUAGAGAGGCGAUAAAGUUGGUGCCCCUCAUCGGCUCACUGGCGGGUUUACCGAGUUCGUAUGUCUGUACGCGGGAAGCGCUUCUUAAAAUUUUGACUCGAAUGGAAAAUGCUGCCAAUGCCGUCAUUAACUUUUGCGUCAACACAGUGCAGCGUAAAGCGCUGGACGAGACGGCUAAAGAGUGUGAAAAACUCAAAAAUUAAUACUUGGUCUUUACAGGUGAUAUGAGGCUUAAGUUUACAUCAGUACAUGAAAUAAUAAUUUACUGGAUUUUUUUCAAUCAGCAUGACGUUAUGGCAGUAACUAAUCAAUUUUUUUAGUUAUUUAAUCUAUUUUCAUAACAUUAUGAAUACUUUGCUUUGAACAUGAUUUUUAUUUUUAUGGCCUUUUGAACAUGACAAUGUGCAUCCAUCUUGGGAACGGCACCGACAUCGGCUAAUUUGGACCAAAUUAGCCGCAUUUGGACCAAAUUACCUCUGUAAUUAUCCGGCCGCAUGUUUCUGCUGUGUGUUAAUACAAAUAUUACGAUGAUUUGUUUCUUUUGUGAAAUGUAAGCUUGUCUUUGUAUUCGAUCAAUAAAUC